GCUUUUUCAACUCACACCCCGCGCACCUCACGUCUGUUUACUCUUGCUAUAGACCCGCGGCGCGUCUCCGGCGGCCGCGGUGAAAAGUUUUCAGCCAAAGCAGGCCGCGAGGAGUAUAAAAGCAGCAGCGGCGCCAGGCAGCUGGCAGGAAGGGUAGGAGAAAGUGUGUGCAGGGGCAUCUUUGAGGGGCUCUUUUGGCAUCCCGAGACCGGAGUGAAAUAUAUUAAUACACAGAGAUGGUCAGUAUAUCUUUUGUUUUCGCCGCCGGCAACAGAGCUGCGUGGACGUGAGGCGUCUUCAUUACGCCAUUGCGUCCCGCGGGCGUGCUGUGGGGGGUGUCGUUUGCGCUGGGCGCUAUACGAGAGCCGUAUACUAACUGUGUAGUGUGAAGCGCCGCUGCGCUUUGUGCAUCCUCUGGUGUUGUUCAGGCCCCAAAGAGCAAGAAGAAUUCCGACCUUAUGAACGCCAAGUUGGCCUUGGCCAUCAAGUCCGGUAAGUACACCCUUGGCUACAAGUCGACCAUCAAGUCGAUCAGACAGAACAAGGCUAAGAUGAUCAUCAUCGCCGCCAACACCCCUGUCUUGAGAAAGUCCGAGUUGGAGUACUACGCCAUGUUGUCCAAGACUUCUGUCUACUACUUCCAAGGCGGCAACAACGAGUUGGGCACUGCCUGUGGUAAGUUGUUCAGAGUCGGUGUCUUGUCCAUCUUGGACGCCGGUGACUCGGACAUCUUGUCUGUUGUCCAAGCCUAAUUCUGUACAUAUGUGUAACACCUGAUCUAUAUCGAGCUAUACUGAACACGGAAUUUCUCCUCGGAUAAACCGCUCGCUGCGCCGCUGUACCCCGCUCCAGCCGCUCCAGCCGCUCUCCCUGCCUGCCGCCGCGGUGUCUGCACCGGACACGGCGGGGGAGCACGGGGUCGAUGCACGAGGGCCCCGAAGGCGACGUGUCUCUUCAGGCCGUCUUCCUGGCGCAAACGGGCCUCCUCUUCUGCUUGUAGAUAGAGGGAUA